CCCUCGCCGGCCGAACCUGGCCCCAAGUCCAACAAAUGGCCUCCACAUUCACUCCAAACAUCCAAUCCAAAUGGCCUUGGCUAUACGAGGAGAUGAAGGGCGUGGCGGAUGGUGCGGGCGUGGAGGUUCUGGAUGUCGUCGCAUUGAAUUGUCGAUCAGAGAUCGCGUUGACAAAGUUUUCGGAUGGGUGUACGAGUUUGGCAUGUCCUUCGACAACCAGUGGAGCUGAUGGGAGUACGUGGUUGGCGCAGAAUUGGGAUUGGAAACAUGAGCAAAAGGAGAAUAUGAUCCUCCUUCAUAUCCACGCGGAUGGGAAACCGAAGAUUAGUAUGGUCACCGAAGCUGGAAUCAUCGGAAAGAUCGGGCUGAAUUCGUCUGGCGUCGGUGUCUGCCUCAACGCGAUCCGAGCGACCAACCUUGACCCCACACUCCCGCCCAUCCACCUCGCUCUCCGACUUGUGCUCGAAUCGACAUCUCUCAAUAACGCGGUGAAGAUGCUAGAGAAGGAGAGAGGAGUAGCUGGAUUCGGGCACUUCCUCAUUGCGGAUCACACAGACGCAAAAGGGUGCGAAGUCGGUCCUAAGGGGGUCUUCGCAGUUGACUCAGAGCAUGGCUGGGUAACGCACACGAACCACCUCGUCGCCAUACCUGACACGCUUAAAGACGAGAUCGACGAUGAUCCGGAAUGGUUGACCGACUCACCUGUUCGCCUUACUCGGAUCAGAGAGCUUAUUAAGAAUGCGCCUGCCGAGGUUGGGCAGGAAAGGAUCAGGAGCAUGUUGUCGGAUGAGCAGAAUCAGCCGGGAGCUAUUUGUCGAGCUGGAGAUCUGGAAACAGUCUUUAACAUCAUCAUGGAGUUCAACAAGGACGGCAGCAUGGGAUGGGUCGUCGAAGGCAGACCGAGCGAAGGGCAAAAAGCAGUCACUUUUGGUUACUGAUACGGCUACUGUAUGCAUAACGUCACACCUCCAAACUAUCCAGCUUGACCAGAAAACCUCACCCUC